AGUACCAGAGAAAUUUGAUAGGAAGCCUCCUAUAAAUAAUGAUACAGAAACUCCAGCUUCUCUGAAGACAGAACUGGUCAGAGCAGAAAACCUGAAAAGCUGUGACAGUAAAGCAUGUCCUCCAGUGCCGAACUCAGAAAUGCCAUACGCCAUCCAGGAAGAUGAAAUUGCCAUUACUCUGGAAAACCAAGAGAUUUUACCAGAAGUUUCCAAGUUUGCAGACAGAGAACUGGUACAUUUUGAGCCUCCUAAAUCUCCAGAUACAUUUUUUUCUGGUGAGCCACUCAGCCAGACACAACAAGAUCCACAGGAAAAUGAGGAAGAUGUCAAGGAUUUCACAGAAGUGAGAAAAUCAUAUUCGUCAGAGAGGACACCUUCUGCUACAGGGAAUAACCACCAAGCACAAUAUAUGACUCGGUUAACACCAAGAUCAGCAACUGAAAGCCGAGCUGUAGACCAAAGUCCUGUUGUUUUCCCUGACACAAAAGUCAAGGAUCUUCUGAAAGCAAUGGAUGAAAAUCUUUCAGCCCCAACAUGGCAAUAUCCGGAGAAAGACAGCUCUGCCUUCUUGAUAAUGGAAACACCACAACUCUCGCCUCUACCACGACUGAGGCAAGUUGCUUUGAGGGACUCCAUCACUAAGAGGGUGUCAUGGGUAGGAUUCACGCAACAGCAACCUAAUGGCUCCUCUCCAUUUUUUGCCAAUGGUUCAAGGCCACCAGUUUUCCCCAUGUCCCAGCAACAGACACUUAUGGUGAGAAGCCUGAGGCAAUCUAAAGAAAAGUCCAAAGAGCUUUUCAACAGUAGUAACAUUAAGAGGAACUUUGUCCAGCUCAAACAUAUGCCUAAGGACACGGACCUGAAUCUUCCAGUAUUGUCUCCACCCUAUCAAACAAGAUCAGCAAAAAAACCAGAGAUUUUAAGGUUAGAUUUUGCAUAGGGGAGUACAUGCAAAGCAGGGUAUUAAAUAGAGAGGCAUGGUCAUAUUAUACAUGUGCAAGACAAUGAAGAGACAAACAUCUUGGUGAGUGGUACCAAGCGGUAAGAAUGUAUCACAAUUCAAAUAAAAUAGGUGAAGUUGGAGUUUAGCGAUAACAGAGAUUUAAGAAAAGAUGGGCCGCAUAUAGACAAGCAAUGGUAUCACACAUUGCAACUGGAUAGUUAAAUUCCACCUUGCCUCAAAGAUAUCACACAAGAGAUCCAUGAUGAGGAA